UCAUCCUCCCGUGUGCAGAGGAGGCCUCUUGGUCGGGUGUGAUCUCAUCCUCCCGUGUGCAGAGGAGGCCUCUUGGUCAGGUGUGAUCUCAUCCUCUCGGUGGGCAGAGGAGGCCUCUUGGUCGGGUGUGGUCCCCUCCUCUCGGUGGUCCACCUGGUGGUCCAGUGAUGGCUCAUGCACAAGAUGAUCCCCAACUAGGCGCUGGCCCGUCCGAGGAUUCUGAACUCUCUGAGAAUGAGUCCGAAACGGCGAGCUUGGUGUCGGAGGACUCUAUCAUGCCAGACUAUGAGAUGGAGCGGGGUAGUGGAGGCACCACCUCUACGCUGUACGAGGCCUGUAACAGGAACGAGGCGCUGACGCUACUGAGGGUCCUGGAGAGGGGGGUUACUAAGGAAGAGGUUAUGGAGGUGGACAUCAAUGGCAUGAAUGGUCUGAUGCUUGCUGUCUCCAGAGGCUAUGUGGACAUGGUCUACGGUCUACACACGUGUCCACUGAUCGACAUUAAUCAUCAGGACAAUGAAGGCAACACAGCACUGAUGAUUGCUGCCCAGGCCGGCUACAUCUCCAUUCUAAACUUCAUCCUGAACUACUACCCUAAGAUAGACCUGGAGGUGAGGGACACCCGGGGCUUCACUGCCCUCAUCAAGGCAGCCAUGCAAGGCAGGGUAGACUGUGUGUCUUCCCUCCUCAUGGCCGGUGCAGAUAUCAAUGUAGUGGAUGAGGUCCGGGGGAAAAGCAUCAUGGACUGGGCCCUGAAGACGGGUCGCUUCGAGGUCCUGCAGCGUCUCCGUUUUCUCCAGGCGCACCCCAUCGCCGAGCAGUUCUGCGACAGCUAUGUGAUAGAAUGGCCCGAGCUGAAGGAGCUGGUUGCCAAAGCCAUGAUCCCCAAAACACUGACUCAACGUCUGAAGGACAGCCUGACCAUUAGCUUACCCAAGGACCCUCAGGACAAUGGAGUGAUGGACCACCUGGUGAAGAUGACCACAUCCAUCCACAGUCCUCUAGUCUCCACUGGCUGCCGGCCCCUCUGCCCCACAAGCCCCCCCGAGCUCGGGAAGAGGCGCCUGGCCGUGCCAGAGCUGAUGGAGAAGCACAGCAGUAAGGACCUGGAGGAAAGCUCUGUGUGUCAUAGUAACGGUGUGAAAUGUUCCUUCAAGCCUGCGCCAGCGUCGUCGAGCCCCUUCUCACUCGCCAACUGCUGCUCGAACGCGGAGUGGAGGGAUAGUAUUCUCUCGAUGGCUGCCAGCGGCAUCCGGAACUUCAUCCCUUGUUCCAUGGCCCACCGGAACUCUGUAUUCCCAUCUGGUUGCAUCCCCAAGAUCACCUUCACCAAGUCUCAAGACAAAACACCCAAGAAGGCGAAGAAGGCGAAGAGGCACAAGGGCCACCUGGAGCCUCCGAUCUGGAAGUACAAGGCGGAGAAGCAGGAGAAGAAAAAGGAAAAGGAAAAGUUGGAGGAAGAGAAGCAAGCGCAAGAGAAGGCACUUAAGAAAGCUAAGAAGAAGGCAGCCAAGGUGGCGGCCAAGUCAAAGGAGCCUGCCAAGGCAAGUUAAACUGCUGUCUGUAAAGUGCCACAGAGUGGGAGCACAGAACUCUGGGAAAAUAGAGCGACCUCUGUGCUGUCAUCAGACGGAAGAGGAAGCGAGACACCCCACUCGCAGUUUUGUUUACUGAUUGAAUGAAAGUCAAUGAACUUAGUAGACCAGACCCAGCUGCUAUUGCAUUGGUGUCCAUGGGAGACCCACCCCUGUUAAGUAGACCAUUUUUUCCAAUGAUAAACGGCCUGAGAGAACUAUCUUGAUUUAUCCACCAUCUUUGCUGUCAUCUCCUACUAACUCCAUUGUAUCCACUGUGAUGAUGUCAUAUAAGACAGACAAGGGGAUGACUCCCCUGUGGUGGCACCUGCCUGGGGUCAUCAUGGAGGCUCAGUUGCAGCCCUACCUUGGGGCCUCCAAUAACAUGGGUGGAAACUAGCA